AAAACGAAGGAGAGGAAAAAAUAAAAAAGAAAAACGAGUGAGGGUUAGGGCUUACCUUGCCAGAGCAGAGAGAGGGAAGGAGACGCUGAGAGAGGGAGAAGGAGACGUUGGGUCAGAGCAGGUUGAGACUUUGUUACCUGUAACAUCUCUCCCCCAAACACAAACUAUAAGAAAGUCACCUGUAACUUUCUUACAUUUUACACAAGUUACAGGCAUCCAAACGGCCCCGGAGAUGGGUAGAGCAGGAAAAAGGCAGAAGAAGAAAGACUCCAGAAUCCCUAAGAAGAGCAGUGGCAUCAGAGAUGAAUCCUUUUCAGUCAAAGAAGACAUGGAUGACGAAAUCGAUGCCUUUCAUAAACAGAGGGAUGUGGUCCCACUUGAUGUCGACGGAGAUCUUGAUGCUGCAUCAGAUGAUGAUAUGGAGCAGCCAGUUUUUGAUUUUGAGGUUGGUGAUGACGGCGACGACAUUGACGACGGCGAUGACGACGAUGACGAUGAGACCCAGCUUAAAGGCCUUGCUGCAAAAAUUGCGAGGCAACAAAAGUUCUUACGGCAAAAGAUUGGUGGAGUUGAGGAUGAAAUGCAUGAUGAUGCUGAAGAGGAAGAAGAGAGAAGAAAGGCUGUCUGGGGCAGAAGGAAAAAUUUGUAUUAUAAUGCUGACAAUGUUGACUAUGAGCUACAAUCAAGUGAUGAGGACCUCCCUGCUGAAGAGGAGGCGGAGGUGUUGAGAUUGCAGAGAGAAAAGGCUAAAUCUCUUCGUAUGGAAGACUUUGGCCUUGAAGAUGAAGAUGAAGAUGAGAGUGAUUCAGAUGGGCCGGUGAAAACCUUACAGGAUGCUUUUGUUGAAAAGAGAACCACUGAAAAAUUUCAUGCAGAUGAAGUAACUGACGAUGGCACAGUCACAGCUUAUGAGGAAAUCAAGAAGGACCUUAAUGCCUUGACAAAAGAGGAGCAAAUGGAUGUUGUAUAUAGUUCAGCUCCAGAGCUAGUUGGUCUGCUAUCAGAGUUGAGUGAUGCUCUCAACGAACUUGAAAAUAAAGUGAACCCGCUUCAAAGCAAGGUGAACGAGAACAAAAAUGUAACUAAAGGAGGGAUGCACUAUGUUGAGGUGAAACGGCUUCUCUUGUUGGUUUAUUGCCAAGCUAUUAGCUUUUAUCUUCUUCUGAAGACAGAGGGACAUUCGGUUCGAGAUCACCCGGUCAUAGCUCGCCUUGUAGAGAUCAAGGGCAUGUUGGACAAGGUGAAACAGAUUGAUGGAACUCUUCCUUCCCAGAUUGAUGAAAUUUUGAACCAUGAACAUGGAAUUGUAUUGGAAGCUGAACCAGCCAAAGAAAAUGCUGCAUUGGAAUUGGAACUGCGCCCGACCAGUCCUAAGCUCCCUUUUGUCUCAGUUAAAAAACAUGAAGGAGCACCGAUGCAGGCUAGUGAAAUAGCUGAGUUGGUAAAGGUUAGCCUGUCAAAGGAUUGUGAGAGCAAAGAUUCAAAAAAUAAACGCCAGAAUGAUCAAGUAGGCUUACAGAGCAUGGAAAUGCUGAAAGUAAGAGAAAGACUUGAAGAAAAACUGAAGCAGAAGGGAUUAUACGGUUCUGUUGGUAAAAAAAAUGAUAGAAUACGAACUCAUCCCCUGCAAUUGACGAGUCGACCUCUCGAAACAUUAGAUGAUUUUGAUGAUGAGGUUAUAGACAAGGCAGCGUCACACCAAGCCUCAAAUAAAGGGGAUUCCAGUUCACUGCAUCUGAAUAAACUCUCUCAACUUGUUUCAGUUAAAGUGAAGAAACCUAAGUUAGUUUCUGGUGACGAUGACUUGCCCGCAAGGGAUGAUAUUGGAGAACGGCGAAGAAAAUAUGAGCUCCAAGUUUUGGCGAAAGCCGGAGCUGCGGCUAUGGAUGAUAUCGGAGAUGAAGAUGGAGUUCUUGUGAGCGCUGAAGCUGAUGAGUUGAUGGACAUAGAUGAGGAUGUUGAAUCAAAGAAAUCAGAGGAUGACUUUUAUAAACAAGUGAAGCAGCAGAGGGCUGCGAAACUUGCUGCCAAAGCAGAGAUUUAUUUGAAAACUCCUGCAGUCCCAUCAUUGCCUGAAUCAGUAGUUGAUGGUAAACGGCAGAUUACUUAUCAGAUGGACAAGAAUAGAGGGUUAACCCGUGCUCGAAAGAAGCUUACCAAGAUUCCAAGGAAGAAAUACAAGUUGAAGCAUCAAAAGGCAGUGGUGCGUCGGAAAGGGCAAGUACGCGACAUCAGGAAGCCGAGUGGCCCAUAUGGUGGGGAGGCAUCUGGAAUCAACACUGGUAUUAGUCGAAGCAUCAGGUUCGAGAGCUGAAAGCAAUGCAGCCUUGCUUAGCUGGUGCAAACGAUUUUGGCCCUCAAAUGCUGAACUUUGUAAUGAGAAAUUCAGUAAUGUUGAUCCAGAAGCUUUGAGAGUGGCAGUUGGGACGUCUUUGGAAUUAUGCUAUUGAAGUAUGCAAGUGCUGCCCAUUUCUAAUCAUUCAGACAUGUCUUUGGAAUUCUGCUAUUGAAGCAUGCAAGCGCAAUCUGUUCAUUUCAAAUCGUUGUAAUAGUAUUGGGUUAAUUUCUUUCAAGCUGCGAGCAAUCGAAUUUCAAGCCUGUUUACUUACAGAAGUACUGCAAUUUUUUGUUAUUUCACAUUAGUGAUGAAUUGAUAUAUAGCCCUGCAAAGAGUCGAAAUGGCACUUCAACCCUGUCUUGAGAGCCCCAGGUAGCUCUGUUAGUUGUCUUGUUAAGAUUCAUGAUGGAAUGUCAUUUUGAAGCACUGUUAGUCUGA